AUGGGUAACUGUCUUAAAACCCCAACUUCAGAUGAUAUUUCACUGCUACACGAAGAACACGGAGCGCUGAAUUCGCGGGGAGAACCGCCACCGCCAUAUCAGGUAUUCGUAUUAAAAUAUUAAUUGAUGGUUCAAGCAGUCUGAACGGCUUUCAGUCCUAAAGCUUCUGUGUUUUUUUUAUAUCUAGAAGCUAUGGCUCUUGUCUCAUUGUUUUUCAUUUUAUUUAUCAUACAGGAAGAGCCUCCAUAUUCGUGUUAUAUUCAAAGCCAAAGGGCUCCCCAUCUUCUUUCCGAAGAGCAACAAAUUCGUUUAGCUCAACGACUUGGCUUAAUCCAACAUUUACCCGUUGGUAAAUACGAUGAAACAAAAAAGAAAAGAGAGUAAGUUAAUAUUAUACUGUAGCGUAUAUUAACGAAAACGAUAUCGCAAACUUACAUCAUGCCACCGUGUUUACAUUUUUUGUUUCAUUAUACUCAAGAAGGAUAUUCAACAUACAAAAUACCUGUAUUGCUGUGACCUACCGGUAUGCUAGUUUUUUGUUAAUAGGUUUAUAUCUUGAUACAAGGAAAAAAAUAUUCGACCGUUUUAAUAUUUUAAUACACUGUACCUAAUGAAAUGAAAAUUUAGUCUGACAAUACUGUAAAGUAAAAGUCUGAGAUAUCAGAUCUGAAAGUUUUCAACUUUGCAAAAUGAUUUACAGUACUGACAAUAUAGUAAACUACGUAAUUUGUGGUUUUUCUUGUGGUAUACUGUUUUUUCAUGUAAAGUAAUUCUUACAUCAGUCUAAAGUAUAAAGGCCAUUACUGAGUUUCCUGUGGAUAAGUGUGGAAUAAAGAAAAAUUGUCUAAUAAUGAAUAAUAGUAAUAAUGCCUAGGAAUAUCAGCCAAUCAAGAGCCUUGCACUGCUAUCAACCACAUCUCCAGAUGGCCUUAUCAAUAUUUCAUAUGAAGUUUCUUUUUAUGUCAAUUUAUUGCAAAACAUGGUGCUUUGUUUAGACAACAUGGGAACCUCCAAUUUCAGUCAAGUUAACAAAUUUUCAACUAACUAAUCAGAGCCAUAGCUUGACUUUUUGAAACAGUAAUGAAAAGGUGUCCAUGUUUUAAAAUUAUGUUGCCCUCACGUUUAAUUAUGCAUUUAGUACAGUUUACAGAUGUUAUAAAAGAUGAAAUUCUCUUAUAAUCUGAAAACUCGUACUAACUUUACCAAUUUUGCGUUAAAGAUGUAUUCCUAGGGGGUCUGUGUUCCUGUCUUGUGUUCCUGUCUUCACUUGAAAAGUUUUCCCUCAUUUCCUUGUUCCCAAUAUAGAUUUCAUCUUGUCCCCCCAAGCUAAGUUUACAUGUUUCCUUGUUCCAUAUGAUUUUUUGGCAUAGUUCCCAUGUUCCUUUUGCAAUAUAUGCCUUGUUCUCUAAAAUCCCCUUUAAUAUGGUGUUUAAUUAAACACCAGAAAUACCAAAUAGAUUCUAUAUUGUAGGUAUAUCAAUAAUAUAUUUGAACUCCAAUAUUGAAUAUCAGAUAGUUCAUAUUAUUCACUUUACACAAACAUAGUUCAACCCACACACAGUUGUUCAACCCACAUUACAUAAUGUCUUCCUCUAAGCAACACUAUGUUUCAUUGUGGGUGUAUAUAUGUUAGUAGGUUUGUUGGGUAUGUAUCUUAGGGUUGUUUUAAAAGAUAUAAACCUUGGUUACCCCCUAUAAUUAAAAGGUUUUUUUAAUAUGCAUAGCUGUCUCAGCUUGGUUAUCUUUAUCUAGUAAUUACAUGUUUUGAUUUUAUUAUGCAUUCUUAAUGACACAACAGUGUAGGCAGUGUUGAUUAAUGAUUUAUCCAUUGAAGGAUAUCACAUAUAAAGUAUAAAGCUUUGACACAACAGACAAGGCCCUUGUAUGGAAGUCAAGGCUGGAUUGGAGAGAGGUGGAAAAAAUUUAGGAGAGGUGUUGUGGUCUAGCUUACGGUCCCCAUGAAAUAUUUAGGGCUUAGAACGUACCUCCUAAAAAUAUUAUUAUGCAUGUACUGUGCAUAUGUAUCAGAGUAAUCAGACUGAGUGUAUUUAUGUACGAUUCAUCCAAUUUUGCCCUUCGCUACCAGUACAAAGCUUCUUUCACACAUUGCAUUAAAAUGGUCGCAUUUGUCAAAGUGUCAUUUUGAUCUAUCAUUUAACAUUUCCAAAGGGGAGGUGGAUGAAUCUUCAGGGAAGGUGCAAAAAAUCUCAGGGGAGGGGCAAAAUGAUCUCUGGGGAGGUGCGCACCUCCCCACACCUCCCCUCAAAAUCCGGCCAUGAUGGAAGUUUGUGAUGGGCCUCAAAGGUUUUUCUCUAUUUUUGAAGUAUUGGCUAUCCUUCAACUAAAACAAAAUUCUUACUGUUCUUAAUGGGAGAGUUUGAAGUCAGGGCAGGUGGGUGUUGUGUGACACCUGCAAAUUUAAUGUAUGAUAAGAUGUGCUUUACAAGUUAAUGUGCUUUACAAGUACCUGUAUGUGCUUUACAAGUUAAUAAACUGUAAUAUGAAUUCUAUGGUACGACCCCUUCAAAUUAUUUAUUUGGGAACUUGUUACUCUAUGUUCAGUAGCAAUUUUUAAACCCCCCUACAUGUCAUUUUCCAUGCUCACUCUUUCCAAGCAAAGAGCAAGCAUGGACAAUGACAUCUGGGUUCGUGGACUACCCUCUAUUUAGCCUCAUCCACAUUUAAACACAUGAGUAAUUCCAUGCCAUUUCAACACAAAAAAAACUGAUUUGACACCCACCCUCUCCAAAUUUCUUUAUAUUUCGCAGGCAGUUAACAUUGUGUGGGAAUAGUUUAAGUUCAAAAUUUGAGCAUCGUAGCUGCAAUAGUUUUUGAGAUAUCGCAAUUCGAAAUAUGGCCUGAAAAGCAGAAAAGUGGGCGUGGCCAGUGCUAAAUUCACCAUUACCCUAUUUUACAUUUUGACCUGUAACUUCAUACCCGUACAUGGUAUAUCCAUCAAAAUUUGCACAAAGAUGUAUUUGUAUGUGGAGAUUUCAAAUAUUGCACUUUCAUCUUUGUAUCUGCAACCAGUAAUGUGUUAUUGGACAGCAAAAAGUCUAAUUAUGUGUUUCUGAAGACACGAAAUAUACAUCAUCUUUAUUGGAAAAAUUUUUAUGGAAGCCAUACAGACACAUCAGUAAUUUUUAUUCCACAUCUUAUCCACAUGCUAUUCUAUUUUCAAGCAAAAUUUGGUGAUGGUUAGUUGCCUGCUUUAAAAAGUAGAGCCCUUUAAAGUUGUCGUAUUUUCUAAAUAACUUUAAUAGUACGUUUUGGGUGUUUGUUAAGAAUAAAAUACAUUCAUUGAGAAAUGAGACUGCCAAAUACCUUAAUGUUUCAUUCGAUCCUUCUUUAUGGAUAGUGCAUAUUUAAAAUUUGUUUUAAAAGUUUAAAAAUUACAUAUUUAUUAAUAGUACAUGCACAAAAAGAAUAUCAAUGGAUCAAAAGUAUGCACUACAAUUUAUUUCUUAUGAUCUUAUCUACCCCUUCUCGUGAACCAAUUGUACUUUCAGUGAACUCUUUUAUUGUAUGCUUGUAAGAUGAUGAAAAAUGGCUUGAUUUGAUUGAAGAAGUUGACAAUGAUCAAAGAAAUGCAAACGUUAAUAAGGUUUAUGCACCCAAAGUGCAUCGCAAGAUCAUAUUUCUGGCCAGUAAGAGGAUACUUGUUAGCGAUUGA